UAGACGAUGCACCAACGACCACAGCGAAGAGAGGACAUCAACGCAUGGGACAUAUAUAGAGGACACUGCCACCACAACUAUGUCUGCUUCUUAUACGCACCUGUCCUGCCAACUGCUCUUGCUGCUAAUGGUCUGCAGACACGUCAAUACAAAUCUUCUUUUGGUUUCAGAGAACACCACGGUUAUAACUGAGCCGCCUGUAGAGACCUCCGGUCCCAACACUCCCCCCGUGGCGCCUCUGACCCCACUGCAAACUGGACAAAAGAGUGUGGUACUCACAGGAGAAAAUCAUACAGAAAAGGUUGAAGUGGUCAAUCCCGUGACACUAAACCUUGAGUGUGCCUGGACUGGGAACAACAAAAGGCUGCCAAACAUAACCGGAUACUGGACGAAAGAUGGGAAGACAAUUGAGACCAGUUAUUCCAAUAUUCAACUGCAAAAUGGCCGCUACUAUCUGAGGAGAGAGUUCAGCAUUAUGAAUGAAGAAGACUUAGGAACGUACUCAUGCAUUUUCGAUCCCAAAGCCAAAGUUGACUUCAUUUUAGCAGCUCCAUAUCUGGGUGAGGUGCGGGAUAAGCCCAUAGUGAGUUAUGUGGGUGACUCUGUGGUCAUGAUCUGUAAAAUGGACGAGAAGAAACCCAAGCCUUUAAGUUGGAACUGGUACAAACAGAAUGGGACCAAUAAGGUGAAAAUUGAGGUUGAUUCACCUGGUCAUCGCUAUAAAAUCACCAAAGAUGAGAAGAAGGCAAAGUUGGUGGUGCAUAACUUGACAGAGUCUGACUCUGGGCUGUAUUACUGUGGAGCUGUGUAUGGCAUUGGAACAUCUGUGGGCUACUUGCAGCUCAGAGUCAUCACCUACUUCGAGCCUCUCAAGCCCUUCAUUGGUAUUCUCGUGGAGGUCCUGGUCCUGGUGGCUGUAAUCCUGAUAUAUGAAAAGACAGGCUCCAAAAAAGAUGACCAGUCAGGAGCUGAAGGAAACCCUGACCAAAAUACAAAUCAACUGCACGGAGAGAACGCAGCGGCAGAUGGACGCUCAUCUACAAGACAGAGAAAGGUUUAAAAGGAAGAACAUUCAAGUUUUGGAUCGAUUGCUUCUAUCACUGUCUGUUACAUUAAGCAAUAACACUCAAGCCGUUUCUUAAAACACUAAACUUCCUAUGAGAGUAGCAAUAUAAUAAAUGCAACUAAGUGACUUAUUAAAGGUGCAAUAUGUGUCAUUUUCCUUUGGGGAGAUCCGCCAUCUGCUUGUUUCCACUGAGAUGCAUUUCUGGAAUUGUCCACUGUAUGGCAUUAAGCUCGUCUAGCUUUAUACUAUUUGUGUUUUUUUUAAUUUAAUAUUUAAUUUAACGGGUUGCCUUUCCACAGAUCUGACCUCUAAUUUGGUUUGUAAUUUGGCAGGGUUCACCUGCUUGGAUCCAUGAAUAUAGAAAUGUUUAAAGCACACCUAUUAUGCAAAAUCAACUUUUUAGAGCUUUUAACCAUGUUGUUUCCCAGAGCAUUUAUUCACCUGAAGUUGCAAAGCAUAAGUUGUUUUAAAUUAAUAUUGCAAUUUAAAAUGUGUAACAUAAUGAUCAAUUGCUGUCAUAGAAUAUAACUACUGUAUAAACCAAAUAUAGGCACAAUAGGUCUUCUUUAAAGCCAUACUGUGGGAAAUCUCCAUGGAGACCAAGGUGAUAACUGACCCUCCACCAAAAAAGUUACAUAGUGCACCUUUAUAUACAACAGCAUAAUAUAACAGUAUAAUACAAAAGGUUUUCCAUGUUUAUUUUCACCGUGAGCAAUAUUUGAUGGGCUAUAAAUCUAUAUUUACUCUCUACUGUAUUGGUCCCUAAAAUGGCUGCUGUAACAAAGCCUCAACCAGAGUAUAUCACUUAUUUGAGCAGUGCCUUACUCACAGCAACAAUCCAGGUUAUUCUUGUGGUAGUAAACAACUAGUUUUCCCCUUGUACUGUGCCUAUAUCUAUUCUUCUGUUGUAUGUCUAUCAACUUAAGUAUUUGUAUAAUAUUGUAUUGCUUCUGUGUAUUAUGAAUAAUCAAUCACUGUAACAGAAACUAAUUAAAAUAUAUUAC